ACUAAUGCAAGUGAAAGUCCUAAUUUAAAUUUGCAGAAGUUGACAUUGAACAAUAUCCCACCAAAUCAAUAAUUAUAAGAUACCUACCUAUUUUAAGUUUACAUCCCUCACCACCAACCUCUAUAGGUAUGUGUUGCAAAUCAUUUCAACAUUUAUAUUGUCACACUGCUUCACGAUCAUUGCAGUAAUGCUAAUUGUUCCACGGUAGUGCCACAUUUUGGAUUAUGUGAUUCGGUGGUGAUUAAUAUCAUCGGAAUGGUAUUAAAUUCAAAUUUGCUGAUACCAAAGAAGUUAUGUUGGAUAUUAUCAUUUAUCUCGAUCACAAUUUCCAAUAGCGCAGUCGCUCCACCCGCUUGGGCCGAUCCGAAACUAAACCCAUGUGCAACCCAACCACGGGGAUGGCAGAUGCUGUACUGGCCACCUGAUGGACAGUGCUAUAAAAUUUAUCAGGUCGGAUAUCCAUGUCCGGAUGGAAUGGAGCUUGUGCCAAGUCCGAUAUCGACGAACGUUACCGCCAAACAAAUAGCGGCGGAAUGCAGAUGUCCGCCUCAGACGGCGCAAUUUCCGGACGACGGUCGCUGUUACAAACUUUUUACGGCGGGACCAUGCGAGAGGGGCCAGUUUUUCUCACCUGAUGAUACAAUCGCACAAAACAGUCGCCGAUGGGGCAAAUGUAAGAUUAUAGAAAAAUGUGAAAAUUCAAACGAGUUAUAUUGGCCAGAAGACAAAAAGUGUUACCUGCAUCUAACUCAGGGGCCAUGUUCGAAAGGGCAGCUCAUUACUACAGGCUCUGACAAUGUGUCUGCCUGUAAAUGUGACCACGAGUACGAAAUGCAAAAUUACUGGUCGCAUGGAAACGGUUGCUACGAGCAUUAUACGAAAGGACCAUGCAGAGAAAAUGGACAUUUGUUUUUGCCCAAUCAGCGCUGCGGAUGCCACAAUUUAUUACCUCAUUACCAUAAUUCUACCAACAUGUGCUAUGAAUUAGGUACACUUGGACCAUGUAGCAUUGGAGAACAGUUCCUAUUAGAUCAAAAUAUAAAAACGGCCACCUGUCAAUGUAAAAAAGGUCACAUACGAUAUGAGAAUAACCUCAACUGCUAUAGACCUUAUACACAGGGUCCGUGUCCGGCAGGGCACAUUUUAAUCGAUGCGACCUCGUGCAUUAAACAACCGUGUAGCAAAGGCUACCUGUAUUUUCCUGUAAAUAAAUCGUGUUACAGAAUCGGAAAUCGAGGACCGUGCAAGAAAAAUCACGUGAUCUCGUUCGACUUUCACACGCGCCCGUCGAUUGACGGAAUAUCGUAUAACGCUGUAUGUCGUUGCAAGCACACAAGCAAUCAUAUUUGCGAGCAAACGCAGCAAGCGGCAUGCGAUCGUGACCACAAUACUGUGAUAUACAACGACCAGUGUUUCAAAUUGUAUAGCCAAACUCCAUGUCCGACCGGAGCUUGGUUGGUCGCCAAGCGGCAAAGUAAAGAAUGGGAGACAAAACGAAAUGAAGGGCUGUGCCAAUGCAUGCCAGGUUACAAACAAAAUGCGGUUAAUGGAAGCGACGUGGAAUGUGCCGGCCCUGCUAUAGCAUUGGCAGAAUUUCUUAACCAAAACUCGAAAAAGCACCAGAAUAUGUAUUUAUUUAAAUAAAUUAAAGUUACUUACUGCA